CCCGGGCGGGCGGCGAGGCGCGUCGGAGGCCCGGCUCCUGCUUCUGCUCUGGUUGGCGGGCGCGGCGGGCCGGGAGGCGCCGCUCAAGUGCGAGGAGCUGCGGCUGGGGCAAUAUAUUUGUGAUGAGCCUAAAAUAGACAAUAGUACGCAAGAACCGAUGAAUUGUACAAAUCACACAGCAUAUGUUCAGUGUCUACCAGCACCAAAUAUUAGUUGCAAAGAUCACCUUGGCAUAGAAAAAGUCUUUACUGGAAAUGAAGUUGGAUUUUACAAGCCUAUCGCGUGUCGUAACGUGAAUGGAUACUCCUACAAAGUGGCAGUGGCUCUCUCUCUAUUUCUUGGAUGGCUGGGAGCAGAUAGAUUUUAUCUAGGCUAUCCUGCCUUGGGUUUGCUCAAGUUCUGCACUGUAGGAUUCUGUGGAAUUGGUAGCCUGAUUGAUUUUAUACUUAUUUCAAUGCAGAUUGUUGGACCUUCCGAUGGCUCUAGUUACAUUAUAGAUUACUAUGGAGCAAGGCUUACAAGACUCACUAUUACCAAUGCAACGUUCAGGAAAAUGCAGACAUAUCCUUAACCCUGGCCGUACGUGUCACGUAUGCCCAGGUGCAUUCUAGUUCUACAGACGGAUCCAGUCGUCCACUGACGAUAUAUGACUGAUGACUAAUUAAUGACACCUCAUCAGAACUGUGUGUUAAAUGUUGUACAUUGAACGAAGAUGGUAAAAUGCAAAAAUUCAUCAAGAGGAUGAAUUUACCUCAGAGGUGCCAAGUGUCUUUGUGACUGCUCUGUUUCUGUGAGCACAUAGUUUGCCGCUAAGUGGUGUCAGUUGUGAGGUAUGCAGGCUGUUGUAAUUUGCACUGUUGAUAUUUGGCAUCUCAGUAUGAUUCAGAAGAUUAUUUGCUGAUAUUUAGUCCUUUGAAACUCAUGAGACAUGGAUGUUAGUAGGGCCAGAAUUAUACUUGGGGUCUGUUUUUAGAACUCUUCUCAGUUUGGAAUUUAACUUAAAAACUCUAAAACGUAGAAAUUGCUUUUCUUUCUCUCAYGCUAAUUAAAGUUCCAAUGGCCCUAAAUCUUGUGCUGAAAUUCCACUAUGAAUUCCUAUGAAGUUCCCUUGAUUUGAAGAUGUUUAUUCUGUAAAGGUUAAAGAACAAUUCUGGUAAGGCUGCAAUAUCUGAUCACUCUUGAUCUACCACACAAGUAUGGAUAUGGAAAAAUCUAACCACAUGUGAUGCAUCUCAAGAAGGAGGGUAGAUGGUGAGAGCACAGAGGUUAGAAUAGGACAUAAUUGCUUUGCUUCUUUUGAUUUUUCCACCCCUUGCAAUAAUCCAUAGUGAAAUGCRUGUCAUUUUUUAUUUUUUCUGAAAAUACAUUUGUGUCUGUUUUGCAGAUAGAGAAUGUCAGAAAUGUGAAUUCUUUGCUUUGAUAAAGUCCUUGAAAGGGUCUUUUCAAGUGUGUACCUGCUCAUAAAUGAAUURAUUUCCAGCGAAAUAAAUUCGGUGUCCUUCAAAGCCAUUCGACCAAAUUCUUUAGGACAGCCAAGAUUUACCUAAAUUUUCCUUUAAAUACAUUAUAUAUAUCACACAGAGACAGAAGACAUUUCAACAGAAUCUUACUAAUAUCUGACCAAUUUUAAGCAUUCCCUUGACCUUCUUAUGAAAACCUGUAGCAACUGAAUGCAAAGCUCAUGUUAAUAACAUAGAUUUAUUUUUUUAAUAAUCUUGGUGCAGAGGUUGGUUGGUUUAGAUCCUUUGAAAGUUUAGAAACUCUCA